AUAUUAAUUUUGGCAUAAGCAACAUGGCCAACCUUUUAAAGAGUGCUUUGUUAUUCUGUGCUAUAUUUUAUGUGGUGUGUGCUAAACAUGAACAAUAUGAAGGACACACCCUUUAUGAAGUCUUCGUGAAGAAUGCUGAGCAGACUAAAUUCGUCCAUGAACUGGAAAACCAGCUCCCUAUCCAGGUGUUUGUCUACGGACACACUGAAAAACCAGGUCAAAUCCUCGUCUCCAAAGAGCUGAAGUCAUAUUUUGAGAAACUCCUGGCAUCUAUGGAUGUGGAGUACAGCAUGAAAGUUGCAAACAUAAGAGAGCAGUUGGAACUGGAAGACACGUUACAGGCUAAUGCUGCGUCCAAGCGUAGCAACAGAACCAGCUCUAGACUGGCUUUGCCGUAUGAUGAAAUUCACAGAUACCAAGUCGUCGACGAGUACCUCGUCAGAUUGGGCAAUGCCUACCCCAAUCUGGUGAAAGUUGAAUCUGCCGGAAGUAGCUUAUUGGGCCGCGACAUGAAGUACCUGAAAAUUUCCACCACCAACUUUGAGGACAGAAGAAAGCCAGUAAUUUUCCUGAUGUCACUACUCCACGCCCGUGAGUGGGUCACCCUCCCAGCAACACUAUAUGCCAUUGAGAAGCUGGUCAUCGACGUUACUGACUCAGAUCUGAUCAAUGACAUGGACUGGAUCAUUUUGCCCAUUGCAAACCCUGAUGGAUAUGAACACAGUCAUGAUAGUGAUCGUUUCUGGCGUAAAAACCGCCGCGAGGGCAUCGGCAUCUUGUGCAUGGGUGUUGACUUGAACAGAAACUUCGACGUCUGGUGGGGAACAGCUUCCAGCAGCAAUAUCUGCUCAGACGAAUACCACGGCACUGGACCCUUCUCCGAGCCAGAGACUCAAAACAUCAAACGCAUUCUUGACGAGCACGCUGAUCGCAUUGAGUUAUUCAUCGACAUCCACAGUUUUGGCAGCAUGGUCUUAUUCGGCUACGGGAUUGGCGAACUUUCCCCCAAUGCACUCAGUCUUGCUGUCGUAGGUGUUAACAUGGCCCAAGCUAUCGACAGGGUGAAGUGGCCCUCCAAACCUAACUAUGUCGUUGGAAAUAUCUUCCAUGUUUUAGGAUAUCGAGCAUCGGGUGGAUCCUGUGAUUAUGCUCACGUCGAAGCAGGAAUUCCUCUAUCAUAUACUUUUGAGUUACCAGCUUUCAAUGGAGAUACCGGUUUAUUUGGUUUCUUUGUUGAUCCUGAUUUUAUAGAACAAGCUGGAUUCGAGACUUUUGAAGGCAUUAAGUCUGGAGCCAGGUUUGUUCGUGACAUGUUGAGUAUGAGGAAAGACGAUAAAUAAAUUGAAUUUUUAGAUUGCAUAAA